UUCAACGAUCACUUACCAAAGCAAUACAAUAUAUACAACUCACAAAGACAAACACUCUUCAUUUCUUAAGACAAGAUGGCACUUGAGAUCGACAGCAAAUUCACCGGACCACUCAUAGCUAACGGUGGAGAAAAAAGAGCUUACGUGACUUUCCUCGCUGGAAACGGAGACUUCGUGAAAGGAGUGGUGGGUCUUGCUAAAGGGCUAAGGAAAGUUAAGAGCAUGUAUCCACUUGUGGUGGCUGUAUUGCCGGACGUACCAGAGGAUCACCGGAGACAGCUGGUGGAGCAAGGCUGUGUCGUUAAAGCGAUCGAGCCGGUUUACCCACCGGAGAAUCAAACCGAGUUUGCCAUGGCUUAUUACGUUAUCAACUAUUCUAAGCUUCGUAUUUGGAAGUUUGUGGAGUAUAGCAAGAUGAUAUACUUGGACGGAGACAUUCAAGUGUUCCACAACAUAGACCACUUGUUUGAUCUCCCAAAUGGCCACUUCUACGCAGUAAAAGAUUGUUUCUGCGAGAAGACAUGGAGCCACACGCCACAGAACAAGAUAGGUUAUUGCCAACAGUGUCCAGAAAAAGUGACUUGGCCGGCAGAGCUUGGUCCUAAGCCACCCUUGUACUUCAACGCUGGAAUGUUCGUCUACGAGCCUAAUCUUUACACUUAUCAUAAUCUCUUGGAGACUCUGGAAGUUGUUCCUCCCACUCCAUUUGCGGAACAGGAUUUCUUGAAUAUGUAUUUCAGGGACAUAUACAAGCCGAUACCAGUAGUUUAUAAUUUGGUUAUGGCUAUGCUAUGGAGACAUCCAGAGAACGUAGAGCUUGACAAAGUUAAAGUUGCUCACUAUUGUGCUGCUGGUUCUAAGCCUUGGAGAUUCACUGGAAAAGAGCCGAACAUGGGGAGAGAAGAUAUCAAAAUGUUGGUCAAGAAAUGGUGGGACAUAUACAACGACGAGGCUCUUGAUUACAAGAACAUCACUAGCGACAAAGGAGGAGACGACCAUAAGAAGCAGUUUGUCAAAGCUUUGUCGGAGGCCGGUGUGCUUCAGUACGUCAAAGCUCCAUCUGCAGCUUAAUCACCAUAUAAUCAUCAAGCUUUGUUGCUCCUUGUUCUCGUGAUCUAUAUUGAUUUAGUUCGAUACUUGUUUAUAGCACUAUAAGUUACAUAUACGGUAAUACUGUUUGAGACUUUGUUUACUACUAUAUACCCUUAUAUAUACAAUAUCUAGUGUUUAAUUA